AUGAGGGAAAGGCUUGGGUUGUUUGUGUGCUUAUGGUUUCUUCUAUAUGGAUCUUGUUUGGGAAGAUUUGUUGUUGAAAAGAACAGCUUGAAGGUGACGUCACCAGGCUCACUGAAAGAUGUGUAUGAAUGUGCAAUUGGGAAUUUCGGGGUGCCACAGUAUGGAGGGACCAUGGUUGGUACAGUCCUCUACCCAAAAGCCAAUCAGAAGGCGUGCAAGAGUUUUGAAGAUGUUGAAAUUUCCUUCAAGAUUAAGCCGGGAGGCAAGCCCAUAUUUGUUCUAGCUGAUCGAGGGGAUUGCUUCUUCACGUUGAAGGCGUGGAAUGCUCAGAAUGCUGGAGCAGCAGCUAUUCUUGUUGCAGAUGACAGGGUUGAGCCUCUUAUUACUAUGGAUACCCCUGAGGAAGAGAAUGCAAAAGCAGAUUAUCUACAAAACAUAACUAUCCCAUCAGCACUUAUUAGCAAGGCUCUUGGGGACAAAAUCAAGAAAGAGUUGUCUAAUGGAGAAAUGGUCAAUAUAAAUCUUGACUGGAGAGAGGCUCUUCCACAUCCUGAUGAGCGGGUUGAGUACGAGUUCUGGACAAAUAGUAACGAUGAGUGUGGUCCCAAGUGCGAAAGCCAGAUACAGUUUGUCAAAAAUUUCAAAGGAGCAGCCCAGAUACUUGAGCGGAAAGGCUAUACCCAGUUCACUCCACAUUAUAUAACUUGGUAUUGUCCUGAUGCUUUUAUUUUGAGCAAACAGUGCAAGUCGCAGUGUAUAAACCAUGGGAGAUAUUGUGCUCCGGAUCCUGAGCAGGAUUUCAGUAAGGGAUAUGAUGGGAAGGAUGUGGUCGUGCAAAAUCUACGCCAAGCUUGCUUUUUUAAGAUAGCCAAUGAAAGUGGAAAACCAUGGCUUUGGUGGGAUUACGUGACAGAUUUUGCUAUCCGCUGUCCAAUGAAAGAGAAGAAGUACACUAAAGAUUGUGCCAAUGAAGUAAUCCGUUCAUUUGGUCUUGAUGUUAACAAGGUAGACAAAUGCAUAGGAGACACUGAGGCGGAUAUCGACAACCCAGUUCUAAAGGCUGAACAGGAAUCACAGAUAGGGAAGGGUUCUCGUGGAGAUGUGACUAUCUUGCCUACCCUUGUUAUAAACCGCAGGCAGUACAGAGGCAAGCUGGACAAAGGUGCAGUUCUCAAGGCCAUAUGUUCAGGUUUUGAGGAGACCACAGAACCAGCCAUUUGUUUGGCUGAAGGUAUAGAAACCAAUGAGUGUAAGGAAAAUAAUGGGGGAUGCUGGCAGGAUAAGGCUGCCAACAUUACAGCUUGCAGGGAUACCUUCCGUGGGAGAGUGUGUGAAUGCCCAAUUGUGCAGGGGGUGAAAUUUGUUGGUGAUGGUUAUACUCAUUGUGAAGCUUCUGGAGUAUUAAGAUGUGAAAUAAAUAAUGGAGGCUGUUGGAAACGAACCCAGGAUGGGAGGACAUAUUCUGCAUGCAUUGAUGACCAUACUAAAGGUUGCAAGUGCCCUCCAGGAUUCAAGGGUGAUGGAGUUAAAAAUUGUGAAGAUAUUGACGAGUGCAAGGAAAAACUGGCAUGCCAAUGUGGAGAGUGCAAAUGCAAGAAUACCUGGGGCAGUUAUGAAUGCAGUUGCAGUGGCAACUUAUUGUACAUGCAGGAACAUGACACGUGUAUAAGUAAGGAUGCUAAUACGGGAUUCAGCUGGGGCUUUGUUUGGGCAAUCAUUCUCGGCCUGGCCGUUGCCGGAGUUGCGGGUUAUGCUCUGUACAAGUACAGGAUCAGGAGAUACAUGGACUCGGAGAUUCGGGCUAUCAUGGCACAGUAUAUGCCGUUGGAUAAUCAAGGAGAGCAUUUGGCAUGCUAUAAGGAUCACGUGCAACCGUAUUUUUCCAAUGUCCUUGAAAGUAGUAUUGUUUUCCAAGGUGAAUUGGAGAGUAGGACCAUACUGGAUGAGCUUUUUGAACAAUAUAGGUCUUUAAGGUCGAUUUUGCUUGUCAAAAACAAGCUCAUUGGUUUAUUCCCUGCACAUCGAAAAGAAUUAACAUUUAAUCCAAUCAGCUCUCAGCAUCCUAUCGAACUCUUAAAAGACUUGUCCAAUGCGUUAUCUGGUGAUAUUUCAUCUUCCAUUCGGAAUUUCAGCAGUUUGCAGUUCUUGAAUAUUUCCAGGAACUCUCUAGUUAGUCCCAUCCCUGCAUAUGUUGGUGAAUUGAACACCACUCUUGUCCUUGAUCUUAGUCACAGCCAGCAAAAUGGAAGCAUCCCCUUUGAAAUAGGAUGA